CUUUUCACCGUUACUUGAUAGAUUUAAUAAAAUAUCAUGCGAAAAUUAUGUAACGUUGAAACAUGAACCUCGUGGCUUCCGUCAUUUUAAAUUGCAUUUUGUGAACUAGUAAAUGAUGGUAGUAGUCAACAGACCGCUAUAAACAUGCCAAAUGUCAAUGCCAGUGAGUCUACUUCUCCACCUGAUGGUGGAAAUGUAGAGGAACGAAAUGAAAGCACACCACAAACAAAAACUCUUUCAGAUGGUGUCAAAGUAACACCAGUGGCUAAAUCAUCCAAUAACCAGACAAACAAUAGAACUGACUUAGCUAUUUUACCUGAUAGAAGUCACUUCAAUACUCAAAAGGAUGUGAAUCCAGAUGGUGGACAACUGGAUCCUUCAUCACAAAUACAGCCGGACACUAAUGUGCCAGAAGUUACCAACACUGAGAACACAAGCCAAACACAGAGAGGACGUGUCAUUGGAGAGUUGGGUAUCACUAGUACUUCAUUUAUUGGGCCUGUGUGUCGUCCUGAGCCAUUCAUUGAGCAGGAGCUUUGCGAAUUUUACAAAGAGCUUGAGGAAGUCGAUAAGGUUGACGUCAAUGCAGACACCACACCGGUUGACCGGCAUGAUCUCCAUCCCUCCAACAAGCCCAAAAGCGGCCAACCUAACAAUACAGUCAUUCCUGUUGUCGUAACUGAUCACGGCAGAGCCUAUAGACCUUACCCAAAUCCACAUGAGCGCAACCAACAAGAUCAGAAGAGAUGGAGACCUCACGUACAAUGUGCAUCGGAUGACUUUGGUAGAGGAAGAUAUCCACAGCCGUGGUAUCCUCCUCCACCAUGGGUUCCUCUGGACCCGAGGGUGCAGUUCUUCCCUCCCCCAACCUCUGGAGGGGCUAUCAUUUAUCCUCCAGACAUGAGACCUCAGGAGAGCAUCUUCCACAGUCUCCAUGCCAACAACAACAUCUGGGGCCCAUGGGAAGGACCACCAUUACCUUCAAACAGAUGGCAUGAACAAAACAGCGGUUUCCAGUCACACGAGCAUCCUGGAUUCUCUGGGGAAUAUGAAACGGAGCAGCAUUAUCAUGAAAAGGACCAAUAUCAGUAUUAUAAUAAUAUUGCUUUAGUGCUCAUACUGUUGAGAGGAGUCCCAGGAUCUGGAAAAUCCACUUUGGCCAGAGAGCUCCUGUCCACUGGUCCCAGCGGAGUAAUACUGAGCACAGAUGACUUCUUUUUCCAAGACAACAGAUAUGUGUAUGAUUCUGCUCUGCUUGGGGAUGCACAUGACUGGAAUCAGAAGAGAGCUGAAAAGGUGAUGUUGGAGGGUCGAUCACCUGUUAUCAUCGACAACACUAAUGUUAAAGCCUGGGAAAUGAAGCCUUAUGUUCAAAUGGCUUUAGACAAUGGAUACAGAGUGGACUUUGUUGAGCCAGAUACUCGCUGGAAAUAUGAUCCUGCCCAGUUAGAAAAGAGGAACAAGCACGGAGUCCCUCAAGAAACAAUAGCAAAGAUGCUGGAUGGUUUCGAGCGGCCAGUGAAUGUUGACAUUGUGAUGAAUUCUGUAGUGCCUCGCCAUAAAAAGAAAGGCAAUUAACAGAACCAGUGAUUUUUAGCUGUUCUUAAAUUAGAAAUAUUGCCAUGUUAUCAUUCUUAAUGAUAGUAGGUAUAUAAUAUGGUUUAUUUUAAGUUAUUUUCAUACAUACUGAUGUAGCUAAAGGUGUUUUUAAUGACUGUUUGGUGAUUUUAAUGUUUUAAUGACCAUUGGUCAAAACAUUUUAAAAAAGAAAGAGAAUGUCUGUUUAAAUGGUAUCACUUUCUUUUGUCAUUUUGCUUAGUGCACAUAUGAAAGUGUUCUUUGCUGGUUUUGUCCAUUGUAAAUGACCACAUUGAUACCUGUGAAAUAUUGGCAGGAUAAGACCAUUAUAGUCUGUCUGAUAAAUCCUUUGAAAUUUAGACAGUCUGACACAUAAAAUUAAUGCUGAGCUUCCAGAUGGAAGACCAAAUGUAUCUAUAGUGAUAGAACAAAUAUGUAUCUGUAGUGACAUGCUGAAUUAGGAGCAUUUUUAAAGCAUGAUUCUUAUUUUCCAUUUUUUCAAAAGACCAGCAGCUCAGUCUAGACACUGAUCUAAUCUCAGGGUUUAUAUUUUAUGCGUAUGCUGGUGCGGUACAUUGUUGAUGGCUCAUGUUCUAAACAAGACACUGUUGUCUGAAGUGCUGAUUUUUAUUUUUUUGUAAAUGUUGAUUUGUUUUGAUAAAAUGGAAAUAAUAAAUUUCUACAAUUGGGUGUUUUUCACUGUGGGUUGAUAAAAUGUUUCUUUUUUAAAGCACAUUUCACGUAAUUUAAAAUUGUAAUUUGUUGGAAAGCAUUAAAAGUGCGUGCUAAAAA